GUCUUCUUCGUCUCCAAUCUCGCAGGGGGCCGAGUUCAUCCAUGGAGCUCGUCCCCUACUCCGACCCAAACCCUAACCCUAGCUCCAACCUCCCCUGGUCCGAGAUGUUCCGAUCCGCCUCUCUCCGGCGACCACCGGACUCCCUCCCUCCUUCUCCUCCCAAACCUCCUCGCCCACCACCGGCGAACCCCCAUCAACCAUCCUCCAAUGAAGAUCGCCAAACCAUAACCCUAGAUUCCCAAGCUCGUCUAGCUCUCUACAUCGCCAUGGCGCAUGCUGGCCUCGCCCUCACCAUUCUCCUCCUUUACGGCCUUUACAAGCUCCUCCACGACUUCAUUCGUCCUCUCCAAUGGGCGUUGCUAUGCUCCAUCCCUCUCCGGGAGGCUCAGCUCGCCGUCGUCGACUUCUGGGCUGAGCCUCUCCAGCAAGGCAUCGUGCCGACCCUCCUCGCCGCGCCAUCGGCUCUUUUCCGCGCCUCAACUCUCUCCCUUUCCGAUCUCCGUUCCGCUAUCCUCCGCCGCCGUGCACCAUCCCCUUCCGGCUUUCCCCGUCUCGUCCGCUGGCUCGCUUCCUUCUGGCUUUUCACCCUCGCAUUCGAGCGCUUCGGCCCUUUCUCCAUCCCCUUCCUCCUCCUCGCCGGCCCCACCGCGUCCGCCGCCGCUCGCCACCCUUCCAUCGCCAGCCGUCGCCCGAAACCCUCUUCUAGCUUCUUCACCUCCAAAAUCCUCGCCCACAUGAAGACGAUCGUCGCCAUCGGACUCAUUUUCUGGAUGAUCUUCGGCUGCCUCGCUGGCGGGAUCUUCUUUUCCUACAAGAUCGGCGUUGAGGGCAAGGACGCGGUGAUGUCCUUGAAAUCUCACGUCCAGAAGAGCAAUUACGCCGAGAGGAUUGGAUUCAAGCAGUGGAUGGACGACAACGAUGUUCCCGGCCUCGUCGAUCGCUACUCCGCCAGUCUCUACGAGACUGUAUGGGAGCACGUUGACAGCCUCGCCGCGCAAUACAACCUCACCGAGUUCGCCAACGGCUUCCGCCAUUUCCUCAUCACCCCUUCAAAUUCCGGCCCAUCGACGGCAUUGUCAAGCUCGCCGCCGCAUCCUUACACGCUGAAGUUCCAAUCGCUGAGGACUCGCGUGAAGAACCGCGAGUGGACUGAGAUUUAUUCAGAGCUGGACGCCAUUUUCAGAGAGCUUUUGAUCACCAGAGAGGACUUGGUGGAGAAAGCCAAAGGUCUUGCCUUUAAAGGGAUUGAGAUCUCAAAGCAAGUGCUUGCUAGUAGUACUUCAGUGCUUGGAGGGAGUGCGAGCUUGGUGUUCUCUGUUUUCCUACUGGUUGUAUCUGGUGCUGCAGAGGUUUUGAAUUUCUUAUCCCAAUUGAUGGUUUUCCUGUGGGUGUUGUACUAUUUGAUCACGUCGGAGUCUGGUGGCGCAACAGAGCAGGUUGUCGGGAUGCUCCCGGUGUCGAAACAAAUGCGUGAUCGCUUUGUGGAGGUCAUCGAUAAGGCGAUAAGCAGUGUGCUCUUGGCAACAGCCAAGAUUUCGUUUUACCAAGGUUGCCUGACAUGGUUGUUGUUUAGGUUUUGUUCAGUGCAUUUUCUUUAUGUGUCCACCGUCUUGGCUUUUAUUAGCCCUCUGUUGCCAAUAUUGCCACCAUGGUUGUCUUCAAUUCCGGCAGUCGCUCAGUUUUUCAUGGAGGGGAGGUACAUUUGGGCCUUUGUCAUUGCUGCGGUGCACCUCAUGUUGAUGGAUUAUGGUUCUUCUGUGAUUCAGGUAGACAUUCCUGGGCAUAAUGCUUAUCUCACAGGGCUUAGCAUUCUUGGGGGCUUGACAUUGUUUACAAAUGCUCUGGAGGGAGCUAUAAUGGGACCACUUAUAAUGACAGUGGUCAUUGCAUUGAAGAAUUUGUAUGCAGAGUUUGUGUUGGUUGAUAAUGAAGAAACCUGCAGUUGAUGUCCAUAAAGAAAGACUGCUCAAAAGACUUCAUUUCCAGUUUUGUUGUUCAAGUUCCUUGGUUCUUUAAAACAUAUUUAUUUUAUUUUAUUUUUUGUUAUUCCUUAAUGGAAAAUUGGGAUAAAUUAUUCCUAGUGUGUUAAUUACUGUAGAAUAUGAAGCAGUUAGUAUUUAUUGUAUGAUUGAUAAACAAUUGUCAGUUCCUUGUAGUAUGUAAUCUAAGUUUGGUAGUUAUAUUUAUAUAUAAAAUAUCAAAUUUUAUGUUG